AAGAGAAGAAAUAAGGAAUUAAUAAAUGCACAAGCCGUGAUAUAGGUGGCUCAAUAAUAAUGAUAACAAGGACAAUUACAAUUAUUAUUAUAUUAAUAAUAAUAAUAACUAGCUAUCGCGUAUUCUCACUUUUUAUCAGUAAUAUUUUAUUACGUGUGGGCGUAAUUAAACAAUAAUCGAUUCUUUUACUAUGCGCAUUUACUCAGUCGAUAAAUUUCCUUAGACUAAAACGCAAAAGCGUCUUUAAAAAGUCAUAAAUGGCUUCUAAGAGAUCAUUAAUCAAUCAUUCUCACUCCUUAAAACCGCCUAACCUCGCACUUUUCCUAUUCUCAAUUCCGAAAAGUUCGAACAACUUUACCAGGUUUUUUCGACAUCGUAUUUGUUCUGCAGAUGGCGCUUUUCCGCCCUAAGCGAAAUAUUCCAUUUGAUCAUGGUAAUGUGAACAUUUUCAGUUUUGAACGAUAGAUUUACUUAACGUUGCCUUUUUUUUAUACAAAUUUGAUUGGACUCUCCAACAGAAAAUGAAACAGGGUUAGAGAAUAUAAUUGGCAUAUUUUUAAUCAUUUCCCACUUUUAACGUCUCUCUUUAAAUCAUUAAGAUUUCUCUUCAAUAGCUUUUUUAAUCGAUGUUUACUAUCAAGUAUGUUCAAGUGGUAUACUUUUGCGGUCGUAUACACUUGUCUGCCCGCUCAUCUAUUCCUCCUCCUCCUACCUCUAUUCUUUACGCUAUCGUUUUCUGAACAAUUGAAUUAGUCCAAAAAGCUGCUUGAAUAUUUGACACCUUGCCAACGUAAAUGAAUAUACACUGUAUAUAUAGAUAUUUUUCUAUACAUAGACAAUCUUAUAAAUCAACAAAAACGUUUCUUUUCCCAGACACGUUCAAACUUUUAUUCUCUAUUCUAUAUUAUAAUAUUAUUUAUUUGAUAAUUGCAUCGCAAUCUUUGUGUAGGCCUACUUCUGUUAAGAAACAAAAAGAAACUGACCGCCUCGAACUGCUUUAUUUACUAUUUGUUAGAUAAUUGCUGAGAUUAUUUUUAAGAAAGCGAAGAUUCUUGUUUAUUUAUUUCAAUAUUUUUUUCUCUUCCCAGCUUAGUUUAGAUGAGGAGAAUUUUUCGUAUAUAAAAACAUCAAUACAUUUCUCAGCUGCUUCGAAAAUUUGUUCAAGAAAUUCAUUCCACUUUUGACUCUGGUGUGGAAAUAUUAAUAGGAAUAGUAUGAUGCUACCGCGGAAAAUCAGGAGAAUCCUCGUUUUUUUAUCUCUAAGUUGUACCCUACUUAUAAUCGUUUCUCUACUGAAACCUGACACAGAUUCAAUUCACUCGAUAAGUUCAAAAGAGUUGAAAGCUUUUCGACUAAAGCGAUACUUAAAGAGUCUGAAUCGACAAGUUAAGGGGCCAGGAGAGAAUGGCGAAGCUGUUCAUAUCACUAAAGACGAACAAAUACAACACGAUAUCGAAAUAAAGAAAGAAGGAUUUAACGUCGUAGCCAGCAGGAAGAUAAGUUUGGAUAGGCGAAUACCGGAUAGAAGAGAUAAGCUCUGUAGACACGAAAAAUAUAAUAUCAAUGAAUAUCCGGCAGCCAGUGUCGUUAUUAUAUAUUUCAACGAAGAGUGGACAGCUAUUCUAAGAACAGUUCAUAGCGUCGUCAAUAGGUCACCUCCGCAACUUUUACACGAAGUUUUAUUAGUGGAUGAUUCCAGCACAAGGCCCGAACUCUUUGAACCACUGCAAAAUUAUCUACGUAAAACUUUUCCCGACAACAUCGUUAGGAUCGUUAGGACACCAGAGAGAAGUGGCCUUAUCAGGGCUAAAAUAUUUGGAGCAGAACAGGCCAGAGGGGAGGUACUCAUAUUUUUGGACGCUCAUUGCGAAGCGUCCGAAGGUUGGAUAGAACCAUUAAUGAAAAGAAUACACGAAAAAGAAUCUGCCGUACUCUGUCCAAUGAUUGAUGUGAUCUCGUCGUCGACACUGGCCUACUACGGAGGUGGGAGCGGGUCUAUCGGUGGAUUCACUUGGAGUAUGCAUUUCACUUGGGAAUCCGUACCAGAAUUUGAACUAAAGAGGAGAAAAACAAGGAUAGAUCCUAUAAGAUCCCCAACGAUGGCCGGAGGACUUUUAGCUAUUAGUAGGAAAUUUUUCUUUCAUAUUGGCGCUUAUGAUCCAGGUAUGGACAUUUGGGGUGGGGAAAAUCUAGAGAUGUCAUUUAGAGUUUGGCAAUGCGGUGGAUCGCUUGAGUUUAUUCCCUGUUCAAGAGUUGGACAUAUUUUCAGAGAUACUCAUCCGUACGGGUUUCCAAGUAAAACGUACGACUACCACGGCAUUAAUUCUAGAAGAGUCGCCGAAGUUUGGAUGGACGAAUAUAAACGAUUCUUUUACGCUAAGAGGAAGGAUCUUUUACACAAGCAAUUCGGAGACGUCUCCAAGAGAAUUGAACUGAGAAAAAAGUUAAAUUGCCAUCCAUUCUCUUGGUUUUUGAAAAAUGUCUACCCUCAAAAGUUUAUCCUCGAUGAAAAUGUUAAAUUCUACGGAAAAAUUCGAAAUCCAUCAACAAACUUUUGCCUAGACUCGCUCAACGGAAAUCCUAGGAAAGGCUACAACCUGGGCGUCUAUUAUUGUCAGGAUAGCUUUAAUCAGAUAUUUACUCUAACCGAAACUAGUCAAUUAAGAACGGAAGAGAAUUGUGCAAUAUUGCGCAAUACUAAAGAUGAAAAUAUCGUAUAUAUGGAGCCGUGUACUAGCACGUUAGUUGGAGGAGAUAAAUUUAAAAUCGAUGGCCAGCAACUUGUUCAUAUACCUACGAAACUAUGUAUGGACGUCAGCGGCCUUAAAAUGGGAUCAAUAAUCAAGUUGGCAAACUGCGACGAUUCGUUAUCCCAGAAUUGGGAAUUCAUUAAAUAAUGCAGUUAUUUAAUAUAUUAAUUUGGUUAUUUUGUUAUAAAAGAAGAAAUAAAAGAAGAA